GGAACGGCUUUCUGUAGUGAUAAAAAUUUGUAGGGGAACAGACGCCGGAAGAUCGUUAAUAACACUUCGCGAUGACGUCGUUUAAUCAGCGCAUCCUAGAUGAUUUGUUGUCGCGUUUGGAGCUGUACGCGUGUAAUCUGGAAGAGGUGGUGAGAGAGCAGAAGCAAGCUGAGGGCCUCCUCACACAGAUGUUGCCACGCUCGGAACAUCCAUGUGGACACUUCUACCAAAUCCAUGCUGGACACGUCCAAGACGUUCCGGUUCCAGCUAAGAGUCGACGUGCUUGUCGAGGUGCAUCAUGGAAGCCUUAUCCGUGCACACGAGUGUCUUUCUUCAUCUCCUCCUCAUCCUCACCCCCCCUCACCUGCAGUUCUUGCAGCCUUAUCACGUCAUCAGCGGAAAAUGUUCGGUGAGGACAUACUGGCUUCUGGGAGAGGAGAGUCAGCAAACUACACUGUAUUUUUCUCAUUAUUACAUUUUAUAUGUGAUAUGAAAGAAAAGUGUUUUUUUAUGAGAGUAUAAUAUACUUGUAAUUUGUUUGACAUCAUUUUCCAUUUGUAUAUGUUUGCAUGCACUGAGCAAAUGUCUCACUAAAUCGAUGUCAUUUCUCUAUAAUAAUGAGCUACAUUUUUUGUUUGUUUUUGUUUUUUUUUGCUGUUCUUGUUUGGCUGAGAACAGAGUUUGAGAUUUAUCCACCCUGUGUGUCAA